CAUUUAAUUGGGGCUAUUUUUGAAUGUGCGCUGAGAUUUCAGCUUGCCGCGCAGCCAGCCGGUGCUCUUUGUUCGGCCGGAUAUACCCUGCUCCUAGUUCUAGCCGCCUCCUAUAAAUAUCGGGCGCCGCCGUGCAUCGUGCAUCGAUCGACCGCGAACAAUUCGAAUUACCCAUCUCCCGCCACGCGCACCCACCUCCCACUCCCACCUACGGGAAGCAAGCUUGUAAUCGGGGUAACGAACUGACGAUCGAUGGCCCGUUUAGUUAGAGAUGGCGGUCGUGGACGCGGAGUGGCGGCUGUGGAGGAGACGGCGCCGCCACUGCCUCUGCCUCCGCCGCCGCGCCUGGCGUCGGCGGCGCUGUCUUCCUCGUCACCGGCGUCCAUCCGUGCGCUCCUGUCGAGGACCGGUGGCGGGGCGGACUGCCAGCAGUCGCCGCGGUCGCUGCUGUCGCGCAUCCUGCUGCGCGGCGGCGAUCAUAACGGCGGGAACGGAGGAGGGUCGUUCGGGUGCCGGGUCAGGCUGCCCCGGCGGUACGGUAGUAGCAGCUCGUCCGUCGGCGAAAGUAACAGGGAGGAGAGGAAGGACGACGGCGCCGCCUCCGAGCAGUCGGCGGACGACGUCGGCUCCACCAGGGUCAAGGUCGUGCAGCGUGCGCCGGAGCUGCCCAUGGACACGCCCCGGAGCUCUCUAGGCAGGAAGAAACCGGAGGAGGAGGUGAUGUCCAUGAACCUUGGCCUGGGCGCGAGCCUGGUGCUGCUGCUCUCCAAGAGCGCGGUGGAGCUGAACAAGAUGGUGGAGCUCCGCGCACAGAUGGAGGCGCUCGUGUCGGAGAUCCGGCACGAGACCGUCGGGAAGGAGAAGCAAGGCGGCUCUGCUCCUGCCUAUGCUCCGGCCGCGUCGUCCUCCUCCUCCCAGGAGUCCACCGUGAUCAAGGACCCCAUCGCUCGCGCCGAGGACGCGCUGUCCGACAACUGCUCCGGCGCCCGGACCGCUGAUCGCCGCCAGCUUUCGGCCGCCGUCGUAGCGAUGGACCAUAACAAGAUGGAGGCCGAGCUACAGGUCGAGCUGAGCCGCAUGCAGGCGCAGCAACGCGCCAUGCACGCGCCCAUGCGAGGGCUCGAGGCACGUAACGUAACGCACGUACUGCCGCCGCUGCAGGUGAAGACGACGAGGAGCGCGCACGUGUCCGUCGCGACGACGUCGAGGAGCUGCGUCGUCGACCACGCGGCGCAAGUGAACGCCGACGAGGAGGAAGAGGAUCAGCACGAGGAGGACUACGAAGAGGACGAGGAGGAGGAGGAGGACGACGACGACGACGGUGGGGAGGUGGUGGACCGCGACAGGAGCCCCCCGCACGGCGGCGUGUCGGCGCGCGCGCUGGAGCGGCGGCUGCACGAGCUGCUGCAGCGGCGGCAGCAGGACCGCAUCGUGGAGCUGGAGGCGGCGCUGGACGGCGCGCAGCGGCGGCUCCAGGAGCGGGAGCGCGAGGUGGUGUGGUGGCGCGACGCCGCCAAGCUCGUCUCCCACCGCCGCGACGAGUCCCGCCGCCUCCGGUGCACCGCCUCCGAGGCAGUCCGAUAAGCACACGCACACGCGUGUGUCAGUUCUGGGUUCACGUGUGCGUGGCAGCUCGCUCGCUAGUAGCUAGUAAUGGCGGGUCAGCCGCCAUGUCAGGGUGGGCAGUUGGGGUUUGUGGCGGGAGAGGCGAGGUCUUGGGAUCACGCUGCGCGGAUGAGGCGGUGUUAAUAACAGCUCCCGAUCGAGCUCGGUUUGGCGCGCAAGCGCGCGCUCAGAGAUGGCGGGAAGGGAUGUGGGGGGCGUGUUUUGGCGGGAAAGGCGUGUGUGGUCUGCACUGUAAUAAAAGUUUUGUUUCA